AUGGAGGAAGUGCCUUCACUACAGCUGGAGGUCGCUGUGGCUCAGCCUGAUGCGGAUAUUGAGAUCCAGAUGGGGCCGGUCGCUGGACAAAAAUUACUCGCCAUAUGUAUGAACAUCGCCGCUGACGGGUCCCGCGACUUGGCAGAUUUCGACUUGACAGCUUUUGAGGAAGCGAUGUGGGACGAAUGCUGCGCUGCUGGCGCUGGCGCAGGUCGCGAGGCCUUCACACCAUCUGUCAUCCAAAGUCUGAGGUCCCUACUCAAACAGAGGCAGUACAAGAUCGCCCUCAUUCUCUUCCAAAAGAUCAAGGGCGUGGUUGCGCCUGACUUCCUGAAAGACGGAGCUGAUAUUCUACCAUUUGCCCUCGCCUCGUGUUUUCGAACCGAGAAGAGAUGGAGCUUUGCAACCUGGGAGUUGGACUCCUUCUCUAGCGAGUUGAUUGAGAUUCUCCCGCUACUUGUUGAGCAUGGGGCCGGCGUCAGGGCUUUCGACGAUCAUGGGAACACUGCACUCUUCUACGCUUGCAUGCUUGGACAUCACAAGCUAUUUCGGAAGCUUUUGGGACAAGGGGCCGAUAUAUCGACGACGCACCAGUUUUUCUCGUGGCGAGAGGUGACAGCGCUGAACCUACUGCAGGCAACACUCGAGGCCUUUGCAUGGCAGGAGUUCCAAACGCCUUUUGUUUUAGAUUAUCCGUGGAGAUUGAAACCUGGAGAUGGAUGGAGACAGAUUGCAAGCGAUCUGCUGGAUGCUGGGUUAUCGUGCCCACGCGACGAUCCACGCAUGGUCAAACUUUUGCAGACGGCAUGUUUCCAGGGGAAUGCUUCAUGGAUCAAGAGGUUGAUGGAGUUUGGAGUUCCAAUCGACGCCCCGACAGUUCAAGAUCGUAGCGGAGGGAGGUUCUACGCUUGUGCACUUCAUGCUGCGGCCGCCGGGGGGCAGGCAGAUGUGGUUAAACUCCUUCUUGGCAAGGACGCCCGGCCUCAAGAUCUGGGCCUUUCGACUUGUGUUGCAAUAGAUAAAAGACGCCCUCGUUUAUCGGGCGAAUCUGUUCCACGCAAGGCUCGGAAGCAGACGGCUCUGGCGGUCGCCAUCGACGAGGCGCAUGCCUUUGCGAAGAGUCCCUAUUCCCAUCGGUGGAAUCGUACUAUGAAACGUUCGGAGUCGGAGCAGCUGAUGUCGAAUUACUGGGAGACGUGUCACGUGCUCUUGGAAGUUGGAUCCAACCCAGAUGACCGGGCCCAGUUAUUCGAGAUAUCUAUUAAACACGGCGAGGUCUCCCUGGUAAAGCGUCUUCUGCAGAUGGGGUGUAGACUUGCCCGUGUCCCCGAUAUUAAAAGCUUUGAGACAAUUCAGCUCCUUGUCGACCACGGCUCAGAGUUCGACGCUGCUCAAGCACAGAAGUCUGCUGUCGAGAAAGGAAACUGCGAGCUGCUGAACCUCUUAUUUCAGAGAUGGGGCAAUCUGGUGCCUCCCGAUGAGCUUGGACAGCUUGCUGUGUCAGUGAUCACGAGGGGUGAUAUGGACAUGCUUGAUUUCCUUACCUCAAAUUGCCUCGGAAAUAUCAACGAGGAAUUCCACACCCGGCCCGACAAGGAUGAAAAGGGCGAGACGCUUUUGCAAAUUGCAUGCAGGACUGGGUCUAAGAAGACCAUCGACUUUCUUCUUGAGCGGGGCGCCAACCUUCACUGCCCGGAGACAGGAAACAACGUGUUGACGACCCUGGAAAAGACGCUCAAAACGAAAGGGUGGGGGAGUGGUGGUCUCUCGGGGCUAUGGUCUCUCAUUUGGCUGCUGGAGCGUCAUAUGCCGGAGGAAGCGCAAAGAAUGCGAGACCAGUGGCGGGUGAACACUCAGCGGCGUGCGCCCAUCGAGACCGUGAUCAACAACAAGGACCAAACAUUCGACUACUGGGACGACCACAUAGAAUCAACAAACCCUGAAUCCCAGCUGUUGCCAAUGGACAUGAUUGACGGGGAGAAGUUUGAACACAAGCCGUUAUCCGGCCGCGACGCAUUCCGUACAAUGAUCCUCCACCCUGCUACGGAUUCAGGGUCCCUGAUUGAAUGUGAACUCGUGGCUUCCGAUCUGAGUUUGAACCCAGACUAUGAAACACUUUCCUACGUAUGGGGCGACAGCCCUGUGUCGAGAUACAUCAAGCUGGAUGGCAAGGUUUUCCAGGUCAAGCCCAACCUGUACGAAGCCCUGCUCGCACUUCGGCUGCAGUCCCAGCCGCGACACUUAUGGGUCGACGCCACCUGUAUUAAUCAAUGCGACACCAACGAGCGCAACCAGCAAGUAACUCUCAUGGGCGACAUAUACAGAAACGCGUGCAGAGUCCUCGUCUGGCUGGGAAAGGCAAGUGAGGACUCUCACCUAGUCUUCCAACAUCUUGCAGAGUUCCAGAAGCACCGAGAUGAUGUACUUUCAGGUCGCGCCAGGCCAAAAGACCCUUUCGGCGAAUCUCACGUCAACCCGCCACUUUAUCAAGGGCCAACUCUUGCGGCGUUUCGACGCCUCUGUCGGCGACCUUGGUUUUUCCGGACAUGGGUAAUUCAGGAGAAAGCCCUCAGCAAAGAAGCCAUUAUCUGCUGUGGAUCCGACUCAGCCCCCUGGGAAGAAUUCUUCAGGCCGUCGGGUUACAGGAAGGAAGCCUACCAUCCCCUCGGUGGCCUACACCACCAAAGCCGAGCACAUCAGCUGGGCCGACUGCACCUGUCGACCGAGCACGAGGCAUACGAGGACUUGCUCACGUACAGUCAGUUUUGUCAAGCUACCGAGCCAAAAGAUAGAGUCUACGGCAUACUUGGCCUGCUGAGACCUGGCUUAGUCAAAGUGGAGUACGAGUUGGAUGUUCAAGAAAUUUAUCGCAAAUUCGCCCAGGUCAUCAUCCAGAAUAACGCUAACAUCCGCCUCUUGAACCUGUGUGGAACGAAGAAGACUCUACCCGGUCUACCUUCUUGGGUGCCAGAUUUUAGCGCAAGACGCUCCUCAUGUCGUCUUCCCCAGAGGGUCACCAUUUGCACCAAGGAACUUGGUCAGUGGAUAUCAAAGUAUCUGACCAAGGCAUUGCCCGGGCUGCGUGUCCGCAACGGCGGCAAGGAACUCGUAAUCAAGGGUAAGGCCGUCGACACUGUUCUGGCCGUUGGGGAUGAGAUGCCCGCAAGCACAGAAUAUGCGCCUGGUACAGAGGCGUUCUCCCAGGUUCUCUCAGGAUGGGAGAGUCUCGCUGGCGAGACCUGGUCCCGGACGCAAGACUCGGAAACGGGCUCGAUGUCGGUCGACCCGCACACCACGGCAGCUGAUGCGUUCCUAUCGACACUAGUUGCUGAAGGCACUGGGCUCGGCUCAACCUACAGCUGGGCACGCUUGGCUGGAGUGAUAUGGUACAAACGAUACGGUACGGGUGUGCUUAUGGAGAAGGAGCCCCGAUACUUUGAGGACGUCGAAUAUUGCACGGACCUCAGCAAUGGAAACAGGGACGAGAAUACACUAUAUGAUUGGUACAAGAGUGCUUACCAACGCUAUGCCUUGGAUUUGGAGAAGGUUGUUUAUGGGAGGAAGCUAUUCGUUACCGAGGGAGGGUCUAUGGGGCUUGCAGAUCCGCCAGUGCAGCCGGGUGAUAGAAUUGUCUUCCUUUCUGGAUCCCAUUACCCUUUUGCUCUGCGGCCUGGUGAAGGGGAUACGUACACCCUCCAGGGAGACUGUUACGUGCAAGGGUUAGACGUGACUAAGUUGUUUGACGAUCCUGAGAAGCCUUUUGUAGAUCUCGACAUCUAG